AUGGAAGCAGAAGAUUCUCCUAAGGUUACAGGACUUGACACAGAGACAGAUUUCCCUUCUACAGUGUAUGAACUAGAUAUAGGAACAGAUGCCCCUCCAGGGGCUUCAAGACUUGACACGGAAACAGGUACAUCUACUGGGGCUACAGCACUGGAUGAAACUCCAGGGAAUGUAGUGUUUGAUGAAUCUCCUAUUGCUCAGAAUGGUAUUACAUCAGCAGGCAGCCACUUCCAAACACCUACACCUACAAAACACCAGCCCUAUAAACAGCCCACACCAGAGGAGACCACAAUACAGCAUAAUGAUACAAAGCCAAAUUCUGAAGAGACAAUGGACCUAAUUCAGACCUGGUUGCAGGCAGGCUAUUCUAUGCACUGCUGCGACCAGAUCCCCAAAUCCCGGUGCAAUGACAGAUGUCUUCCUGGGUACAGAAAAGCUUUUAAUGGAGGAUUUCAUGUCUGCUGCUAUGACUGUGUCCAAUGUUCUGAGGGAGAAUUUUGUAAUACAACAGAUUGUGAGAUCUGCUAUAGAUGUCCUGAUGAAGAGUGGCCGGAUGAGAGAAGAGUGAGAUGUGUACCCAAAAUAUAUGACUUUCUGUCCUAUGAAAAGGACAUUGUGGUGCAAAUAUCUGCAGUAACAGCUUCAUUGUUCUCUGCCAUAACAUUAUUUAUAUUAGGGAACUUUAUUUAUUACUGGAACACCCCAAUUGUGAAAGCCAAUAACCGGGCUGUAAGCUUCAUUCUCCUGAUUUCCAUCUUGCUGAGCUUCCUCUGUGUGUUCUUGUUCCUCGGACGACCGGUGGAUAUAACCUGCAGACUCCGACAGAUGUCUUUUGGGAUCUUCUUCUCCACAGCUGUCUCUUCUGUAUUAGCCAAGACUGUCACUGUCUUCAUUGCUUUCAAAGCCACCAAACCCGGCAGUACCUGGAGGAAGUGGGUAACACUCAAAGUAUCUAAUUAUGUGGUCAUUGUGUGCUCCUCUGUCCAAGCUCUCAUCUGUGGUAUCUGGCUGACUGUUUCUUCUCCCUACCAAGAGUAUGACCAUCACUCCUAUAAGGGAAUGAUCAUCGUUCAGUGUAAUGAGGGGUCAGUGAUUUGGUUAUACUCUAUGUUGGGUUACAUGGGGAUCCUGGCAUCUGUGAACUUUGUUCUGGCUUUCAUGGUUAGGACAUUACCGGACAGCUUCAAUGAGGCCAAGUUCAUCACCUUCAGCAUGCUGGUGCUCUGCAGUGUCUGGAUUGCAAUGAUCCCGGCCUAUCUGAGCACCAAAGGGAAAUACAUGGUGGCUGUGGAGAUAUUUGCCAUACUGACCUCAUGUGCUGGUGUUCUGGGCUGUAUAUUUUUCCCAAAGCUGUAUAUUCUGCUUAUAAAACCUGAAUUUAACUCUAGAAAAACAAUACUGGGGAAAAACACUAUAUAA